GAGGGGAAACAACGCGAAGUGUGAUUCACGACCAUACUUUACGCCAUUUACGUUCCAAUUUGUAAUGGGUGAAGCAGGAAUUUACGACUGAAACACGUCUGUCGUCAUCACAUGUUUUGUCAGCGUAGAAUGGCGGCAACUCUUGGACCUGCACAGGGUGCAGACUCUGACCCCGACCGUGUAGUUGAAGAUGAACCUCGGGGAACAGAUGGAGACGAGGAAAAUUCACAGCAAACGGGUGCCACAACUGCUCCCCAGAGUCGCUUGGCGAAAUUACCUUUGGCUCGGAUAAAAGCUCUCAUGAAAGCUGACCCGGACGUCACGCUGGCUAGUCAAGAGUCUGUUUUCAUCAUUGCGAAGGCUACAGAACUUUUUGUGGAAAUGAUUGCUAAGGAUGCACUGGUGUAUGCUCAACAGGGAAAGCGGAAAACGCUGCAAAGGAAAGACCUAGAUAAUGCUAUUGAGGCUAUUGAUGAAUUUGCGUUUCUUGAAGGUACCUUGGAUUGAAUUUUGCAGAUGGAGAGCAGCAUUGAAAACACACUCGAUACACUUCGCUGUGUUUUGAUCUAUUGGACUGAGAACGAUCAUCCAGGACUACCCCUCAUGGUUGUGCCCAAAAUCAUCCAUUAGUGUCACAUUUAUAUUUACAGGUGUAAGUCUCUUGUACAUAUUAUGAAACGUAUAAUGAUCUUUUUUUUAAAUAAACUUUUAUAAAUAUACAACUUUACACCCCCUAUUUGUUAUGUAGCUGAUGUUCAGUUCCACUUAAAUUACAACAAUUGUAUCAGCUUCAGCUCAAUGAACUGGAUCCAAGUAAGCCUAGUCAAAAAUUGCCUGUUCUGUUACUUGAAGUACAACUGAUUAACUGUUGGUAUUGUGGUCUUCCGUCUCAAACGGGGUGGAGAAAUGGAAGAUGACAGGACUUAUAAGUUGUCAGCUAUUUAUGAGAACUUUCAGGUCUCAAAUCUUUUAUAGAUUGUGUCAAAAGAUGAGUACCAAAAGUGAGAUGGAAUUGGUGAGAUCAAAUCCAUAGUUUUUUCACAUAUGCAAUCCGUGACAUUGCUGGGUAAAAACAUGGUAUAUAUUUUCUAUUAUAAUUCCCAUCUAGCCAUCAUUCCCAAUAAAUCAUGAGCACCUUAUAUUGUA